AACCCUGGCAACGAUUUGCGUCAGAAGUGUGUAUUGCGUGAAAAAGUCAUAUUUGGUUUUUGGUGAAAAAUGUUUUGGCUGAAAAAAAAUUACACAUGAUAUUUAAUUCUUUUGUUUAAGUAGAAAACUAUUGCAAUUAAAAAUUUUGAAGAGAUCAUUCGUGUUUUCAAGUUGAGUCUAAAAGAAAUACGGAAUCAGCAGUGCCCCAUCCAUGAUUGGAUGUGAAAGAAAAGGCGUCACAAUUUAAUAAAUCUUCCUUGGCUGAUGCAGGGACCAACUGAUUUGAUUUAAUUAAAUGACUAUACUAGUUUAAAUUUUUGGAAAUGAUUUAAAAAGCUUAUUAGUUACAUCAACAUCACACGAUCCAACGUGUCGUGUAUUUCGAUUUUGCACUGCAGUUUUGGAUGAGACUUCAUUUGGCCUUGCUUUGUCAACUUUGUAUUUGCUAAGUUAGCAUUGAAAAAGAUGGGUCAGGUGUUUCGAUCAGGGUCAGCAUUGCUUUCACAUCGUGAUGGUCAUAAAGUAUCCAAGGCCACAGAGGCACGCAUACAGACGUUAUUCGAAAUAUUACGGGCUAAUCCUAAAGUAUCAAUACAGACAUUGGAGAGCCUUUUGCUGCAAAUUCCAAAGAAUGAAAAUAUUCUGGUAAUACAUGACGACUGCGGAUACAAUAUACUCCAACGCAGUGUGGGUCUUAACCACAUUGACCUCACCAAGUGGUUGCUACACCGACACCGGCCGGAUGUUAACCGCAGUCCCUGUUCACUGCCAUUGCACAUAGCAUGUUUGAAAGGAUAUGAAGAAUGCGUCGAAUUGCUUUUAAAGCAUGGGGCACGAAUCGACACUGAUUCACGAAUGUGCUUUCCAGGCGUACACUCGCACAAUUGUGAGGAAAGCGGCAAGUACCAUGGCAAUUAUGAUGAUGUAGGCGCAGCGCCAAACGUAUGUGAACGCGUUAAUACGAAACUACAGAAUGCAGUUUGCUACGCUAUUGAUGGUGAUCAGAUUAAUGUGCUAAAUAUAUUGGCACAAAAAAUGGAGGAUCCUUGGGUACCCUUUCGUGUUAAAAAACCACUAUUGCACUUGGCAUGCGAACGUGGAGCCUGGAAUUGUGUACAACAACUGGUUAUCACACGUUCGGAGGAAAUUAAUUUAAUCAAAGACGAAUAUUAUCCCAUUCAUCAGGCUGUGCUACAUGAAGGGCGCUUCUUGGAGCUUUUAAUACAGCACGGUGCCGUGACCACAGUACGCACGUGUACGCAACAAAUGACACUCUUGCACGUUGUCAUAUUCGCAGCGCGCAAGUCUGCUGAAGAUACUUUAAGUACCUUACGAAUUUUGUUAGAGCGUGGAUGCAAGGAGCUUAUCAAUGAACCCGAUUCUUUGGGCAAUACACCGUUGCAUGCAUUGAUAGUGCGUUAUGCUCUAGAGGAGGCGCGUUAUGGCUAUGAUAAGUGGAGUAAAUGGGAUGUGCUGCAUCUUGUACGUUUUCUGCUGCAAAACGGUGCAAAGAGCUCAAUUAAUCAAACAGGCAAUAGCGCACUGGCGUGCGUCUUCCGGCACGUUCGCGACUGGGAAGUAUGUUUUGAAUUGCUGAACAUGCUCAUCAAAGAAGACGGCGAUCCGAAUAUUGUUGGACGGGACGGUUCAGUACCAAUAAUGGUACUGCUUGUUCCAUUAAUUAACAAGGAUCAACUGCACCAUUUUACGCAUUCUAUGAAGGUGUGCUAUUUGAAUUGCAUUCGAAUACUUUUGCAAUAUGGUGCCAAUCCAAAUUGCUCGUAUCGCUCAAAUUUGACACCUCUUCAUGUUUUGGUAUUUACCGUUAGUGAAAACUUUACGCUUAAUUGUGAUGCACAAAAACGAACAAAUUUCGAUUUUAUUAAGAAUAUAUUGUUGCUACUACUGCAACAUGGCCUGGACUGCAAUCAAACAUAUCCGCACAUACUUCAAGCCGUAUGCGAUAUGGUACAAAAUGUGCGCAACUGCUCAGAUAUGCAAUGCAUCUACGAGUUAAGUCUCACUCUCAUACAAUAUGGCGCUGAUCCCAAUAUAGUGCUCAGUGGUCAGGCGACAACAGGUAGCGCUAUAUUCUCCAACGAAAUUGCUAGCUUUGGCGAAGCCCUCUGCAGUGGAGGCGCCGGCAGUGGUGGUGGUGGUGGUGGCAAUAACAAUGGCGCAGGCGCCGGUACAAGCAAUAAUGGUGACAACUCAUUUCGCAACUCGUUUCGUACACACUCACGUUACCUGCUAUUUUAUUAUAUAAUUUUAAUUACAAAAAAAGAAUUUAUUCUCAAUGAUCCAGCACUGACCUUUACGCGCAUUAUACAUUUGUUUUUCUUGACUAUGCAACAUGGACCAUUAUAUAAUUGCCUUAAGUCAUUGCACAACUUUUAUGUGGCGCAAGUGCCAAACAAAAAGACGGAACAAUUGAUAACAUUGAUUUCUGCUUUGUAUCGCAAACCGCGUAGUCUUAAACAAAUGGCGCGUAUCGCCAUUUACGAGGCGGUUAAUCGUAAGCUUGCACAGAAUGUUAAUCGUCUCAAUUUACCCGGACCGCUGAAGGAGUAUGUGUUACAGUUCGAGAGAUAACAAGUGCAGCGCACUGUGGAGUCGAACAGAAAUGCACUAAUAGUCGAAAUAACUUCCCAGUUCCCACCUUACUCUCCUACACCUCCUUUCCAUUAAACAAAACAAUCAUUUAAACCAGCAACGAUCUACAAAAAUCAAUUGAAUAAAUAUUAGUUAUUAAUAAAAUUGUAAAAUAGUUUAAGGCUUAAUGUACCUAAAUACAUAUUAAAAUUAAAAUGUCAGCGUAAGAUUUAAAUUUGCUUUUCAAAUGUUAUAUAUUAAAUGGAAAAAAAAACUAACUAUGAGAAAUAAUGAACAAAUGUUCAUGAAAUGUGUAAACACAAAUUAUGUAAAAAUCGAACCUCUUCUAAAAGUUGUGAUAAGUUUUAUUAUUAUUUUCUAAUGCAUAUUCAAAAAAUAUUUAUGUAUGUUGUAUAUGCAUAUGUUCUGAA